AACAAAAUAAUGUGGCGGCUUCACCUAGCGCCGGCCAAUGGCAGAGCGAGGCUCCCACGUGGGGCCACGGGACGCGGACGGCGACUGGGCGCCGCCGGGCGCGACGUCACAAUGCCCUCUUGUGUCUAAAACUAUGCAUGAAAAGUAGCAAUCAGGCCCUACCCGCUGGUGACUUUCGCUUGGGAGUGAAAAACAGCGCUCCUCACAUCAGGAAUUAACCGAAAGACAUAUAAUAAAUAGAUAUAUAUUAUAGUCCUGGGCUGCUUGGCUUUUUUUUUCCUUUUUUCCCACGAUCUACUAGCAAAUAAUUAUUUGGCGGGAGGGGAGAAAGAGAAAACGAAUGACAACAAAAGGGUGGGGGAAGGACAAGCUGUACAAUCCUUAAAACCUGUGGCUGGUAGUAAUGGAUCAGUUGAUUCUGCAGAGGCGGCGAACGAUUGCCCCCCUCUAAUCUCAUUAGGGCUGCAAAGCAGCCCAAUUAGAUACUAUAAAACAAACAGAAUCACUUUGUCAGUUUAAUGUUUUCACUUCAGAAGAUUUAGAACCGAUAAAAUUCUGGCUCCCAAAGUUACCUCCGACCUCUAAGACUGGUCCCCAAACCGAGUUUCCCUUUCUUUCAUCCGUUUCCGUCCCCUCUCCCACCCUUGGGCGCCCCGCUUUCCUCCUUUGUUCAUUCGCCCUUCUUCUCGGAAAGCCAAAUAAACACAGCCUCUGAGGCAAGGCGGCUGCUGCGAGGGGCGAGUCUGAGAACUCUGGCCUGGCGGGCCGCGCAGAUGGAAGGGCCCGGCUGUCUGCGGACAGCAGGCUCGGCGGUGCGGCGGGCCCCACUUGGCGCUCCGGCCCUUGGGGGCAGCCACGUCCUGGCCGCAGCCUUGCCAAGGCGGGCCCUCGGCUGCGCUCCGGGCCGGAGCGGUGGAGAGGGGCUGGCACGGACUUGGGGCCCUCCCGGCCACCAGCUAGGGCCCCGACCCCGAUUCUUGGCCUGCCCGUCCCACGAGCAUCAGCAGCCACCCGUGGAAGAGCCACUGCGAGCCCGGGGCGGCCACGGUCGCCGGCCUGGACGCCCAAGGAGGCUUAGACAUGCGCCUCGGGAGCACCUUUGCUCAGACAAGGGUCACGUCGGGGCACUGUCCGCCCCGGGUCCGUGGGCCUCGGAGAGCCACCGCCGAGGGGGCCGCCCAGGUGUCCCCGGGUCCCUCCCGGCCUUCCCCGCGGGCACGCACACCAGCACGCACUCCAGGCCUGCGGCGGGCGCGCGGGAGCCGGCCGCGCGCCCCCGGAAUCUAUAUUUUCCCCUCAUUAGGAGAGCGAGGUUCGCGUUUGCAUCUUAAUGAGGAGCUGGGAGCGCGCGGGGACCUCCACGUGAGCGGCCGCCCCGAGAUGGAGCCUCUCAGCGCCCGCUCCGGCCGCGACCGCGCUCCCCUCUUCAUUUAUUUAUUCUCCUAAAUAAAAACAUAAAUCGUGUACGACGCGCACCGAAGAGGGGAGGGGGCAGGGAGAAGCCCAGCUCGACAGAUGCGAGCAUCUG